UUGCCGAUCGCGAAUAGAAGUAGUCUUAUAAAAUGUUGCUGUAGCAGCUAAUAAAAAUAGAAUUUGCACUUACCAGUCAAACUUCACGUUGUAGUUUUUGUAGGUUAAAUACGUCAGCUGGCGUUAUCGUCAACCUUCACGGAACGUAUCAUCUUUUGUCGCGGAACGGCGAGGAUGAAGGUUAAAAUCCGGCAGUGGAACGGAGUGGCUUCCUGGCUGUGGGUGGCAAAUGAUGACAACUGUGGAAUCUGUAGGACAGCUUUUAACGGCUGCUGUCCUGAGUGUAAAGUGCCUGGUGAUGACUGCCCGCUGGUCUGGGGUCAGUGCUCACACUGUUUCCACAUGCACUGCAUCCUGAAGUGGCUGAACUCACAGCAGGUCCAGCAGCAGUGCCCCAUGUGCCGACAGGAGUGGAAAUUUAAAGAAUGAGCCGUUUGACUCAAAGGCUGGCUUUACAUGGACUUUUAACCCAGCUGCAGUUUUUUUUUUUUUUUAAGUUGCAUAUCUGUAUAAUAAAAGGCAAGUGGCCUCUGUGUGUUU